GAUGGAUAUAAAUGGAUUGGUUACAUAUUUGGUGUGUUGGUAGGGUAUGACGAACACUGGAAAUGAUUAGAACUCAUCGAACUAGCUGACUCGUUUUUACUUCCAGACAACAUAUACUCAAGUUUUACAGCCCGGAAUCAAGCCUGACACUAACGCGAUCAAGUCUACGGAUUGGGCAACGCUUGACAUUUGAAUUUGGUACCAAGUCGACAUUCAAAGUCAGCAAAGAGUUCUUGAAGUUGAUCCCAAAAGAAUCGCCUCUGAAAGACCGCCAUUUUAAAACGUGUGCAAUCGUGGGCAACUCAGGUAUUCUACUAAACAGUAGCUGUGGUCAAGAAAUCGACUCCAUGGACUUCGUCAUUCGGUGUAACCUGCCUCCAAUCGAAGGUUAUGAGAAAGAUGUCGGCUCAAAGGCAAACUUGACUACAAUGAACCCCUCCGUGGUCAGGAAUAACUUCGGACAAUGGUACAAGAAAACAAAAGACGAUUAUGAUCGGUUGUUACGACGUCUGGAAGAAGUUGGCGACCAGAUCUUGUACGUGCCCGCUUUAACGGCCCCUCAUGUGGAAAGGUACUUGAGAGUGAUCAUAGAGGUUGUUAACCAGCACAACCUGCCGAUCAAAACUGUCUUUCCACCGACCGGAAUCAACACUCUCAUCAAAUCAAUCUGGACAAAGUUUGGGUCUGAGGUCCUCCGUCCGUCCACGGGGGCUCACAUGUACACCCUGGCUUCCACCAUCUGCGACCAGAUCCACAUGUACGGCUUCUAUCCGUUCAGCGAGGACACACGAGGCAGGGCGCUCAGCUACCACUACUACGACACCAAGAAGAUGAUCGACAACAGGACCCACAACAUGCCGGAAGAAUUUAGGGCACUUCAGCAGCUCCACAUGCGGGGUGCAUUGGUACUGCAUACAGAACCAUGUCAUUGAUCUUUAUUUGAUGCUUUGAUUACCUCCAUGAAAUGUCAUGGGGGUUAUAUUUUCCCCUGCGUUUGUCUGUCUUAAUAAAUUGUGCUCAGGAGUAAGUGACAUACGUCUGGGCCCCCUAGCGGCUAUUAUUGGGAUAGCAGGGGCAUUGCCAUUGACUUUCUACAUUUUAUUUCUUAUAUGUUCUUGAUCAUUAGGUAUCUACAUGUGAAUGUAAUUUGAUGCAGAAAAAACAUGGCUGACAAAAGUAAGGUGAGGUGUCUCUUAGACUCAUGUCACCUCAAGUGCCCAUAAUGUCUUCUCAUCAUUUUCAUGUCCUUCUGUUCCACAGUACAGAAAACAUCGAAAUUUAACCACACGUAACGUGCCGUGCUACAGUGUAGGGUGAGUUCUUGUGACAUGACCUGUAAUGUUCACGGAUGAGAU